CAACAACAACAGCUCCUGUCAAAAAAUCAAGAGCAAACGCUCUUAAAGUGGAUUAAGGAGCUUACUACAAGCGGCUACGCUCCUAGCCAUCGGAUAUUACGAGAGGUUGCAGAUGAAGUCCAGUCAAAUAAGUGUCGCGUUUUUCAGCCUCAACUACAACAACAGCAACAACAAACACAACAACCUCAACAACCUCAACAACCUCAACAACCUCAACCUCAAAUACCUAACUUACCUCUUGGGCAAGAGACGUAGAGUUGAGGCACAAAGGAUGAAUGGGGUCACAAAGCAGGUGUUAAGGGGGUGGUUUGACGCGUACAAGAGCCUUAUAACAGAGCUAAAAAUCGAAAACUACAACACUUAUAAUAUGGAUGAAACUGGAUUUUCAAUUGGAACUAUGCAAUCUACACGAAUUAUAGUCGAUUCUACACUCCGUACGCGAUUUCAAGCUCAUCCUAGCCGACAGGAAUGGGUGUCUGCUGUUGAAUGCAUUUGCAUAGACAGAACAGCUAUCGACCCCCUUAUUAUUUUUAAAGGACAGAACAUACUACAGAGCUGGAUUCCAAAGGAGGUUAUACAAAAAUGGCACUUCUCUGUAAAUACAAAGGGAUGGACAAGUAAUCUUCAUAGAUUAGAGUGGCUAAAACGCGUUUUUGAGCCUUCUACAAGAGCAAAAGCAACACAAAAUGGACGACUACAGCAACGGCUCCUAAUUUGCAAUGGCCAUGAUAGCCAUAUAAGUAGAAGCUUUAUAUCACACUGCAUACAGAAUCGAAUAUCGCUCCUUAUUCUACCUCCUCAUACAUCUCAUGUUCUACAGCCACUUGAUGUUGCAAUUUUUGGACCUUUAAAGCAACACCUUACAACAGCUCUUUCGCACCUUAAUGAGGCACAACUCCUACGCAUACAUAAGUUAGAAUGGAUGGAGGCAUAUAUUAAAGCAAGAGAAGCUGGAUUUUCGACUUCAAAUAUAACUUCUGCUUGGAGAGGGAGUGGGCUACAGCCAUUCCAGCCGCAGACAGUCAUUCGAGCAGCUACGCUUCCUACUACAGACGUCGUAGUAUUAGAACGGCUACAUACUCCUACAGAGCAUGACAUUUUUGAGAAGGUAUUCUUAAACAGCAGUCCACCUGAUUUUAAUACACUCCAAAAAGCGAAUUCUAUACUCUCUUCUACAAUAAGUCAGGGUGUUUUGAAUACUCCUACAAAGCGAUAUAUUCAUAAGUUAGCAGAUGAGUCAGAACGCCUUAAUACACGCAAUAUCCUUUAAAAGAGAGAGUGUAAUAACUUACGUUCAAUUAUCCAAAAGCGAAGAACACAGAAUAAGGGUAAAAGAGCAGUUUUGAAGGGUCAAUUCCACAUUUCUACAGAAGAACUCCGGUCGCAAGUUAUAGAAGCAGAGGCAGCAACAGCAACAGCCGCAGCUUCACAGAGGCCUAGAACAACACCACAACCUAUAAACGAGGCUAUAACUGAGGAAAUAGAUGAAGAGAGUGAAGAAGAGC